GUGGUGGUAGUUGUAGCAGUUGUCUGCAGCAGCAGUAGCAGCGGCAGCAGUAGUGGUGGUAGUGGCAGCAGCAGUAGUGCUGGUUCCGUUGGAGGUGCCGGUGGUGGUGGUGGAAAGGUGACGGCGGGGUGAAAGAUGGCGCGAGCCACGGACGAGGAGUGUUGACCCAUUUCGUAAAUCGAGCAUCGAUGGUGGUGUGAACAGUGGGGUGUUAAUUAAGUGCGAGGAAAAAACGAAAGACAGAUUAAGUAAUAGAAAAAGUAAAGAGAGACGCGAAUCGAAGGACAAAACAAGUAAACAAAUUUAGAAAAAAGAAAACAUACAAAUAAAUUUAAGUAGAUUACACCGUGGAUAAAAAUAAGUCUGGAUAAGGGAUAAGAAUCGAGUCAGAACAUUAUCGUCAGAGGCGAAGGACGGGCCUGGGCCGGUAGAGUGAGAGAGAGAGACAGAGAAAGAGAGACAUUGAUCCGGGAGGUGUUCCUACUCGGUUAAGUUGCGAUAGCGCGAGUAUUCGGGAGCCCAGCGUUGAUACAUCAAGCCUCAGUUGUUUGGCUUGAUAAAUUAACCGUCUUACCGGAUUCAUAAAAGCUUGCAAAAUUUUGAAAAAAUUCGACAUACGUGGAGCCCUGGCUGGCUCGGGCGGCUCUUCGAAGAUGGGUAACAACGCCGCAACGGCAAACAAGAAGGUGGACGCCGCCGAGAGUGUCAAGGAGUUCCUCGAUCAGGCGAAGGAGGACUUCGAGGAGAAAUGGAAGAAGAAUCCAACGAACACGGCCGGGCUCGAUGAUUUCGAACGGAUAAAAACACUCGGGACCGGGUCGUUCGGACGGGUAAUGAUCGUACAGCAUAAACCCACCAAGGAGUACUACGCGAUGAAGAUACUGGACAAGCAGAAGGUCGUGAAGCUGAAGCAGGUCGAGCACACCCUGAACGAGAAACGGAUUCUGCAGGCCAUCAGCUUCCCGUUCCUGGUCUCGUUGCGCUUCCACUUCAAGGACAACUCGAACCUUUACAUGGUACUGGAGUACGUACCCGGCGGCGAGAUGUUCAGUCACCUACGCAAGGUCGGCAGGUUCUCCGAACCCCAUUCGCGGUUUUACGCCGCCCAGAUCGUACUCGCCUUCGAAUACCUUCACUACCUGGACCUUAUAUACAGGGACCUUAAGCCCGAGAAUCUCCUCAUCGAUUCCCAGGGUUACCUCAAGGUCACCGACUUUGGCUUCGCCAAGAGGGUCAAGGGCAGGACGUGGACCCUCUGCGGAACGCCGGAGUACCUGGCACCGGAGAUCAUACUCAGCAAGGGUUACAACAAGGCGGUAGACUGGUGGGCACUGGGUGUCCUGGUGUACGAAAUGGCCGCCGGUUAUCCCCCUUUCUUCGCCGACCAGCCGAUACAGAUAUACGAGAAGAUAGUGAGCGGCAAGGUCAGGUUCCCGUCGCACUUCGGUAGCGACCUUAAGGACCUUCUGAGGAACCUGCUUCAGGUCGACCUUACGAAACGGUACGGCAACCUGAAGGCGGGGGUGAACGACAUCAAGGGUCACAAGUGGUUCUCGAGCACGGAUUGGAUCGCUGUUUUUCAAAAGAGGAUCGAGGCACCGUUCAUACCGAGGUGCAAGGGACCCGGUGACACGAGCAAUUUCGACGACUACGAGGAGGAGGCGCUCAGGAUUUCCUCGACGGAGAAAUGCGCCAAGGAAUUCGCCGAGUUUUGAGGCGACGAAGCUAAUCUGAACCAAUUUACGAUCAUCCGGUCGUGGCUGUUACGUCGUCGCAACAUAUCGCGCGAUCGACAACAACUGGAUCGACGACAACAACAAUUACUACAAAAACAAAAACAACCACAACAAGAACAAUAUCAAGAUCAGCAUAAACAACAACAACAACAACAACAACAAAAACACCAACAACAACAACAAGAACAAGAACAGCAACAACGGAUCGCGUUGUCGCGUUCGGUAUACAAUCGAACAGUCGUCGCCGACGAUCACGACGAUGAUGACGACGAUGAUGACUUUUCUGGACGCAACGUGAAACGCGUCCUUCAGCUACGGCUACACGGCUACGGGGGUUCAAAUUGAGGAUGACGGGAGAAAGGAAAAAAUUAAUAAAAAUGAAUAACAAAGAAAAAAAAAAAAAAAAAAAACCUGGUACCGGUGCCAAGUUU